UCCCUUUCUUUUCCCCAUCCCAAACCAAUCUGCUCGGGGUCCGGGCUGCCGCCGCCGCCGCGCGCGCGUGUGGGGACGGGGAGGUGGGGAUGGACGUGCGGUUCCCUUACUCGCCGGCCGAGACGACCAAGGUGGAGCUCGUGCAGUUCGGCGUCCUCAGCCCCGACGAGAUCAGGCAAAUGUCGGUGGCACAAAUAGAAUAUGCAGAGACUAUGGAGAAGGGGAAGCUGAAAUCUGGUGGGCUUAGUGACCCUCGGAUGGGGACUGUCGACCGAAAAAUCAAGUGUGAGACAUGCAUGGCUGGGAUGGCAGAGUGCCCAGGCCACUUUGGUCACCUUGAACUCGCCAAGCCAAUGUUCCACAUUGGCUUCAUCAAGACUGUACUUUCCAUCAUGCGCUGUGUCUGCUUCAACUGCUCCAAGAUCCUCGUUGAUGAGGAUAAUAACAAGUUCAAGCAGGCUCUGAAAAUCAGGAACUCAAAGAAUAGGUUGAGGAGAAUAUAUGAUGCUUGCAAGAGCAAAAAGUUUUGUGGCGGGGAUGACCCUUGUAUUCAGGAGAGACAAGAUACUGGUGAGCCUGUAAGGAAAAGAGGCUGCUGUGGUUCUAUGCAGCCAAAUAUUACAGUUGACGGUAUGAAGAUGAUUGUGGAGUUCAAGGCACCAAAGAAAAAUGAUGAUAAAGAGAAACCCUCUGAGCCAGUGGAAAGAAAGCAGAUUCUCUCUGCUGAGAGGGUACUUGAUAUUCUCAAGCGCAUAAGUGACGAGGACUGUCUUCUAUUGGGCUUGAAUCCCAAAUUUGCCCGUCCAGAUUGGAUGAUACUCCAGGUUCUUCCAAUUCCUCCACCCCCUGUUAGGCCAUCUGUCAUGAUGGGCACUUCUUCCAGAAGUGAGGAUGAUUUGACUCAUCAAUUAGCUAUGAUAAUUCGGCACAAUGAGAACUUGAGAAGGCAAGAGAGAAACGGAACUCCAGCUCACAUUAUAACAGAGUUUGCUCAAUUGUUGCAAUUUCACAUUGCUACGUACUUUGAUAAUGACCUUCCUGGGCAACCCAGGGCUACACAACGUUCUGGACAGCCUAUUAAAUCAAUUUGCAGCAGGUUGAAAGCAAAAGAAGGCCGGGUUAGAGGAAAUUUGAUGGGGAAAAGAGUUGAUUUCUCAGCCCGCACUGUUAUCACACCAGAUCCAAAUAUUAACAUUGAUGAAUUAGGUGUGCCAUGGAGUAUUGCUUUGAACCUGACAUAUCCAGAAACUGUCACUCCAUAUAACAUUGAGAGGUUAAAAGAACUCGUAGAAUAUGGGCCUCACCUACCUCCAGGGAAGACAGGUGCAAAGUACAUUAUUAGGGAAGAUGGUCAGAGGCUUGAUCUUCGUUAUGUGAAGAAAAGCAGCGACCUGCAUUUGGAGCUUGGUUACAAGGUGGAGAGGCACCUUAAUGAUGGAGAUUUUGUUCUUUUCAAUCGGCAACCAAGUCUACACAAAAUGUCUAUCAUGGGGCAUCGUAUCAAAAUUAUGCCCUACUCAACUUUCCGGUUGAACUUGUCUGUCACUUCACCAUACAAUGCUGAUUUUGAUGGUGAUGAAAUGAAUAUGCAUGUACCCCAGUCGUUUGAGACCAGAGCUGAAGUUCUAGAGUUGAUGAUGGUGCCAAAAUGUAUUGUGUCUCCACAAUCAAAUAGGCCUGUGAUGGGUAUUGUCCAGGACACGCUACUUGGAUGUCGCAAAAUCACCAAAAGGGACACUCUCAUUGAUAAGGAUGUAUUUAUGAACAUCUUGAUGUGGUGGGAAGACUUUGAUGGAAAGAUCUCUGCUCCUGCCAUUCUAAAACCAAGGCCUAUUUGGACUGGGAAACAAGUUUUAAACCUCAUUAUCCCCAAUAAAAUAAAUUUGAUACGGUUUUCUUCCUGGCAUUCCGAAAAAGAAAAAAGAUUCAUUACUCCUAGUGACACUGUGGUCAGGAUAGAGAAGGGAGAGCUCCUAUCUGGUACACUUUGCAAAAAGACUCUGGGAACAGGCAGUGGAAGUCUUAUUCAUGUUAUUUGGGAAGAUGUUGGUCCAGAUGCUGCAUGCAAGUUCUCAGGUCAUACACAGUGGCUUAUCAACUACUGGCUUCUUCAAAGUGGUUUCAGUAUUGGAAUAGGAGAUAUGAUUGCAGAUGCAGCCACCAUGGAGCAGAUUAAUCAUACAAUUUCUAAAGCUAAGAAUGAUGUGAAGGAGCUUAUUAAACAAGCACAUGAUAAGCAAUUGGAAGCGGAGGCAGGACGCACAAUGAUGGAGUCAUUUGAAAAUAAAGUAAACCAGGUUCUUAAUAGAGCUCGUGAUAAUGCUGGAAGCAGUGCUCAGAAUAGCUUAUCUGAAAGCAACAAUUUGAAGGCUAUGGUCACUGCAGGCUCAAAGGGAAGUUUCAUUAACAUUUCGCAAAUGGCUGCUUGUGUUGGACAGCAGAAUGUUGAGGGGAAGUGGAUCCCAUUUGGUUUCAGUGGUCGAACAUUGCCUCAUUUCACAAAAGAUGACUAUGGUCCUGAAAGUCGUGGAUUUGUGGAGAACUCUUACCUUCGGGGUUUGACACCUCAAGAAUUUUUCUUUCAUGCUAUAGGUGGUAGGGAAGGUCUGAUUGAUACGGCCGUGAAGACUUCUGAGACUGGGUAUAUCCAACGCAGGCUUGUGAAAGCUAUGGAAGACAUCAUGGUGAAAUAUGAUGGUACCGUAAGAAAUUCCUUGGGAGAUGUCAUUCAGUUCCUAUAUGGGGAAGAUGGCAUGGAUGCUGUUUGGAUUGAAGAACAGAAGUUAGACUCCUUGCAGAUGAAAAAGGAUGAGUUUGAUAAUUCAUUCCGCUAUGAACUGGAUGAUGAGAACUGGAAGCCUAACUACCUGCUGCCUGCCCAUGUUGAUGAUUUGAAGACCAUCAUUGAAUUCAGAAAUGUGUUAGAGGCAGAGGUUCAGAAGCUAGAAAUUGACCGGUUCCAGCUUGGGACUGAGAUUGCUACGAAUGGUGCUAAUACAUGGCCUAUGCCUGUCAAUCUCAAGCGGCUUAUCUGGAAUGCCCAGAAGACAUUCAAGAUUGACACCAGAACAUGUUCAGACAUGCACCCGAUGGAAAUUGUGGAAGCAAUAGAUAAGCUGCAAGAAAGAGUUAAAGUUGUGCAUGGUGGUGAUGCUAUAAGCAUUGAGGCACAGAAGAACGCAACUUUGUUCUUUAAUAUUCAUCUCCGUGCCACAUUUGCUAGCAAGAGGGUCCUGAACGAAUAUAGGCUUACAAGGGAAGCAUUUGAAUGGAUUAUUGAUGAGAUUGUGUCAAGGUUUUCACAGUCUUUGGUGGCCCCUGGUGAAAUGAUUGGAUGUGUGGCUGCGCAGUCCAUUGGGGAACCAGCAACUCAAAUGACUCUAAAUACCUUCCAUUAUGCUGGUGUUAGUGCCAAGAAUGUUACUCUUGGAGUUCCCAGGCUGAGAGAGAUCAUUAAUGUUGCCAAGAAGAUAAAAACACCAUCAUUGUCUGUUUAUCUAAAGCCUGAGGUGAACAAGAAGAAAGAAUUGGCAAAGAAUGUCCAAUGUGCGUUGGAGUACACUACACUGCGCAGUGUGACCCAUGCUACUGAGAUUUGGUAUGAUCCUGAUCCUACGAGGACCAUCAUCGAAGAGGAUGUGGAAUUUGUCCAGUCGUAUUAUGAAAUGCCUGAUGAGGAUAUUGACCCAGAUAAGAUUUCUCCUUGGCUACUGCGUAUUGAGCUUGAUCGUGAGAUGAUGGUUGAUAAGAAUUUGAGCAUGGCUGAUAUCGCUGAGAAGAUCAACAGCGAGUUUGAUGAUGACUUAUCAUGCAUAUUUAGCGAUGAUAAUGCAGAUAAGCUUAUCCUACGUCUGCGCAUCACAAAUGGUGGUUUCAAUCCAGUUAAAGAGGUAAUGCUUGAUACGGAUGGUGUCAAUCUCUUAGCUGUCAUGUGCCAUGAGGACGUUGAUUCCACAAGAACAACAAGUAACCAUUUGAUUGAAGUGAUUGAGGUUCUUGGAAUUGAGGCUGUCCGUCGGGCCCUCUUGGAUGAACUUCGGGUGGUCAUAUCUUUUGAUGGAUCCUAUGUAAACUAUAGGCAUCUGGCCAUUCUUUGCGAUACAAUGACAUAUAGAGGUCAUCUGAUGGCAAUUACAAGGCAUGGUAUCAAUCGCAAUGACACAGGACCUCUGAUGAGAUGUUCUUUUGAAGAGACUGUGGAUAUCUUGCUUGAUGCCGCUGUGUAUGCUGAAUCUGACUACCCGAACGGUGUCACGGAGAACAUUAUGCUUGGUCAGCUUGCUCCUAUUGGUACUGGAGGUUGCACACUAUUUCUAAAUGACCAGAUGCUGAAACAGAGCAUUGAACUUCAACUCCCAAGCUAUUUGGAAUGUGACUUUAGCAUGACACCAACACCACCCCUCUCUGGAACACCAUAUCAUGAAGGAAUGAUGUCGCCAAGUUAUCUGAUGAGUCCAGACUUCAGGGCUUCCCCCAUUGAUACAAAUGCUUCUUUCUCGCGAUAUGUCAGGCAUAUGGCGUUAUCACCUUUCCCUUCACAAGGUUACUCUCAAUACUCUGGGGGAUACAAUCCAAGUCCUAGCUCAGAAGACAGUUACAACCCCAUUUCUCCAUCAUACACUCCUAUAUCACCAAUUUAUACUCCUAUUUCUCAAGCAUACAGUCCUGCAUCACUGCUUAAUGCUCCUACUUCAACAUCAUAUAGUGCAGCAAGUCCAAUUUACUCACCCACAACUCCAAUUUACACCCCAUCGAGCCCAGUUUACUCACAGAUUCCUUCAUACUCACCCACAACUCCAAUUUACACCCCAUCGAGCCCAGUUAACUCACAGAUUCCUGCAUACUCACCCACAACUCCAAUUUACAAUCCUGUAUCUCCUAGCUAUAGUCCCACAUCAAGCUAUAAUCCUGCUUCUCCAAAUUACAGUCCCACUUCGCCAGUUUAUAGUCCAACAUAUAGCCCUACAUCUCCUGCAUACAGCCCCACAGCGCCUUCAUAUAGCCCAGCAUCACCAUCAUAUAGCCCGACAUCACCAUUGUAUAGCCCUACAUCUCCAUCAUACAGCCCUUCAUCGCCCUCAUACAGCCCAGCAUCACCUACAUACAGCCCUACAUCGCCUGGUUACAGCCCGACCGCACCAAGCUACAGCCCAACAUCGCCAAACUACAGCCCAACUUCACCGAGCUAUAAUCCUUCAUCUGCCAAGUAUUAUCCGAGCACUUACUCUCCAAGCAACCCAAGAAUGACUCCAGACACCAAGAUUGCUCCAGACUACAGCCCAACUUCGCCGACAUACUCACCGACUUCGCCAACAUAUUCACUGCCAAGUCCGUCAUACAACCCAACCAGCCCAAUUGACAACUCUGGAGGACCUAGUCCAGAUUACAGUCCAACUUCUCCAAAUUACAGCCCUAGUAGAAGUGACUCCACUGCAUCGAACUAGUCUCCAGCUUUCACUCUCAAGCCGACUGAGAGCACUUGUGAAGCACUGAGAAAAGAUUGUUGAUGGCUGCAGAGGAAGAAAGGAGUCCAUCGCGCUACAGUUCUGCUUCUUUCUGAUUCUGUACAGUUAAUGACUGAACAAUAUAUGUGAACACAAAAACCAACAUGGGGGUCCUGGUUCUCGAACUCUUGAAACUACUGUAGAUGUUCAAAUGGUGUCUUGCAGGAAUUCCAAGACUGUAGUCGCUGAACCUUUUUCUGUAACUGACUAGGAGGAAAUUAUGCCCUUUGUGGGAGUCGUAUAAAGAAAUGUGUCUGAAAUUCAUUUGCAAAUAUCUAUUGCAUAUGCCCUUCUCUGCUACCAUUGUAGUUUUAGAUCCCAUAAUGAUGAAAAUAAAAUCAGUGGAACUUCCUGAUGAUACAAAUACAUGUAUACUUUUCCUGGAUUCAUGAAUUCAAUGUGGAAAUAGUACCAAGAAACACCGUGGAGACUGGCAACCAAGGUAAAGUUGGAUCUUGUUUAGUAUAUUUCAGUUUCCACCAUGUGAUUGGGAUACUCAUGACUUAAAUUUGUCUUUACCAGAUUGAAGCGGCAAGAUUUGAUGAAAUAUUGGAAGGAUCACCAUGCUGUAUAUUAUGAAACUUGAUUUGUAUGCCGGAUAUAUAUGAUAAGAUUCAGAUGUGAAACUGUUUUAUUGUUCCCUUUUAAGUGGAGAAAUUUCUAAUCUAUGAGACAUCAACAAACAUAUUCUGGUGACAGAGUAUUGUAGCAGGAAACUAGGAGUCUAGGACCACGAAGGUUUUAGAGGAAAAGUUGGAUAAGCAAAUUGUGCAAACGAACUGUUUCAUACAACGUUACUCUGGUUUGGCCCUGAUAAUUUUCCUCUUACAAGGAAAAUUCUAGGAUUUUUUCCACCUU